AUGGAUGAAUCAACCGACAUUCUUCGGGCCUACGAAGCAGACCGUCAAGCUCGUGAGGUCUACCGCUACUUUCAACCCGCGAAUCCAGCUGCCCUGAACACAAACCGACCUUUACCCGAGGAGCAUUUCUCAUCUUUGGAUUCAACGAGAGCUUCGGCCUCAGCUUCGAUUUCGGAGGACUCGGAGGCAACGCAGACUCCUUUGAAUGCUCAAAGCAGCCCUAAUACGACGUUGACUUCUUUCGCACAGCUUGCUGCUUUACGUUUGAAUGCACAGCUUGCAACGACUGCGGAUCAGAAAGAUGACAAAUAUCCGUUCUUCGUGGUUAACGACCUUGAAAAAGAGGAUCGUUUCAAGGAAUUACCCUUCGUUACUGGGGAGCCCCGCUCACGCUUCUACGCUGGAACCCCCCUCACCAGUGGUAGCGAUAUCAAUCUGGGAUGCCUUUUCGUACUGGACUCUGAGCCGCGCAACGGGCUCUCGGAGUAUGAGAAGGAUACGUUAUCGACAAUGGCGGCGCUAGUCAUGGACUACCUGCAGGUUAGUCGCCAAGCGAGCGAAGGACGCCGUGCUUUAAGACUGUCACAUGGCCUCCAUCUCUUUGUGGACGGAAAUUCGAGCUUUGCCGACCAGGCCAUCAAAUCAUCUUCGUCAUCUAGCUCAGAUAGUUCGCCCUCAGGAUCACCCCCUUACCAACAAGCAAACCGUUCUGCAAGCCCUCGAUUCGCCGACAAUGACCAAGAUCACCUAUGGGCUGGAAGUAAUCCUUCAUCUUCAAGUCAUAAUGGGAAUAGGCCUCCUAGUGCACACUCUGACAAACGACCUGAGGCAAGUGUUUUGGGAAGCCCAACGGGAUCAUCACACAGCCGACUAUUGAGUGAUCAAAGCUCAACGGCCUCUUCCAACAGCAAGCAUUGGCUUUUCCAAAGAGCCGCCAACCUUUUGCGGCAAAGUCUGGACUUGGAUGGCGCCGGUGGUGUCAUGUUCAUGGGGACAAACGAAGACUCGUCGGAAAACUUCACCGACAGCCAUCGCGACUUCGAUGCGUCGAAGAAUCGGGCCCCCGUUCUCGCAUUUUCUACCAGAGAGGAUCCCUUGAUGAAUGACAUGGUAUCUCUUGAGGGGAAGCCAGCAUUCGACCUCGACCAUGGCUUUUUAACCCAUUUGACGCGUCGUUAUCCGAAAGGUAGACUCUGGUCAUUUCAUCAUGAUGGGACUCUCUCCACCGCAGACGAGGACCUUUCAAUAGAUUUAUCUCGCAAAGAAAGCAAAAGAUUCCAAGCCUCAGAAACAGCAAGUUUGAAUGCCUAUUUCCCUGACGCGUGCCAGGUUGCGUUUGUCCCCUUGUGGAACGGCACCGACUCGCAAUGGUUUGCGGGAUGCUUUUGCUGGACCCCCCAUCCGACACGAGUAUUCAGUCGAGCGGUUGACCUUAGCUCGAUUUUCUCUUUCGCUUCAUCAAUUAUGACUGAGUAUAGUCGUGUUGAGUCUGUGAUAGCGGAUCGCCAGAAAGGAGACUUCAUCAGCAGCAUCUCUCACGAACUACGCAGCCCACUGCACGGUGUUCUGGCUGCCGCUGAGUUUCUGGAAGAUGCUGGCUUAGACGAAUUUCAGAGUACGGUGCUAGAGACCAUCAAUGCUUGUGGUCGGACUCUUUUGGAUACCAUGAACCAAGUUCUUGAUUACAGCAAGAUCAUGUCACUCGAGAGAUCGAAGAGAAGAUUCAAGAAAGGAAAAGACCCAUGGAAACCAAAGCUCAAUGAUGACCCACCACGCCUUGACACAUUCGUAUCCACAGAUGUGGCUAUAUUGACAGAGGAUGUUGUUGACAGUGUUGCUCUGGGACAUUUCCACAUGAAAAAGUCGGCCAUUUCGACUGAACGUCCAGCGGGGAUUUUAACACAGCCAACCUCGCCAAAGGAAACCCCAUCCACCAUCUCAAACCCAGAAGUUGAGUUAGUGGUUGACAUUGCCGACAAAGAUUGGAUGUACCAAGUCCAGCCCGGCUCACUGAGGCGACUGAUCAUGAAUCUCUUGGGCAACUCCCUGAAGUAUACCGAGAAAGGCCUGAUCACCGUGAGCCUCAAAUCCAACGAGAUGUCUAAAGCGCGUUCUCGCCGCCAAGGCCUCCAAGACAUGGUGACAUUGACUGUAUCGGAUACCGGCAAGGGCAUCUCAAGACAAUACCUCCAGAAGCGCCUGUUCACUCCAUUUGCACAGGAGAAUCCAUUGUCCGUGGGUACUGGGCUCGGCCUGUCUAUUGUUCGCGGGAUUGUGAGAGCGCUGAACGGAAAGAUAAGCAUCCAAAGCACAGUCGGAGAAGGGACUACGGUAAAAGUCUUGCUCCCUUUCGAGCGGCCUGUCGGAGAGCAGACGCCCCAUUCAACACUUCAAGACGAAAGUUUUGAGAAGGCUCAAGCUACACCAUCCUCCAAGCUCGACAGACCAAGUCUAAAGGGGAAACGUGUGGCGAUCUGGGCCAUCGACUAUGACAAUUUUGAUGAGUAUCUUUUCUGGUCUACCAUCGCUCGCUACGCUUCGGAUUGGUAUGGCUUGCAGCUGGUAUCUUGUUCCGACAAGGACAUCGAUAUUAUAUUCGCGGCUGAAGACGAUUUGUCGACUGAAAAUUUGCACACUUUCCCUCGUUCACUGUCAGGUUUACUCAUUUUUUCGAAUUAUUCGAGGAGUCAGACUGACCCCCGUCUGCGCUGGUCUCAUCUCGCCAACUCCUUCGCAAUUAUACAUGGGCCUUGUGGACCCCAGAAGCUUGCCAAAGGUAUUUUGAGUUGUCUCGAGGCGGCAAAGAUGCCUAGUGGAAAGCCCACAAAGGGCCCAGCGGAAGCUAUUUCCCCACGACGACCUGAGCCCACGGAGACAGUUUCCCAUCGUCGUGAUACCGCGGCCUUGGCAUCGCGACCACAGGAGCUUCCAGUGAAGAACCUCAACUUCGCGCCGGCUCGAGACGACAAAACGGUUGGGAGGACUGAGCAAGAUGGAGAGGCAACUUCCAGUGGCCAGCUCGCCAACUCCACAGUCCCUCCGAAACAAGGGAGGCCUCGCAUCUUGAUAGUGGAUGACAAUCAGAUUAAUCUUACCUUGCUGUCUACUUACCUCAAGAAGCGAGAAGUCACUUUCCUGGACCGAGCACAGGAUGGACAAACAGCUGUGGACAUGGUGAACAAAAUGCCAGGAGGAUACGAUAUCAUUUUCAUGGAUAUGUCAAUGCCCGUUAUGGACGGAUUUCAGGCAACGCGUGCCAUUCGUGCUAUUGAAAGAGAACGGCCUGGGACCACACAAGCCAAAAUCAUUGCAUUCACUGGUCUCACCAGUCCAACCCACGAAUCCAAAGCCAUGAAAGCGGGAGUGAGCGUUUUCUUGACGAAGCCUGUCCCAUUCAAGGAAGUAUCUCGGAUACUUAGCGAGUGGGAGGACACCAAGUGA